UUCCUGCCGCCCGCCGCUCCGCCGGGCUGCGCUCGCUUCUGCCGAGCGGCGGGGCCGCCCCGCCGCCAUGUCCUUGCUGUGCUACAACCGGGGCUGCGGCCAGCGCUUCGACCCCGAAACCAAUACGGAGGAUUCAUGCACAUAUCAUCCAGGUGUGCCAGUCUUUCAUGAUGCUCUCAAAGGUUGGUCAUGUUGUAAGAGAAGAACAACAGACUUUUCUGACUUCUUAAGCAUUGUGGGCUGUACAAAGGGUCACCAUAACAGUGAAAAACCUCCUGAGCCUGUUAAACCAGAAGUCAAGACUACCUCUGAACGAAAGGAGCUAGCUGAACUGAAACCCAAAUUUCAAGAACACAUAAUUCAGGCACCAAAACCAUUGGAAACAAUUAAAAGGCCAAGCCCAGAUGAGCCAAUGACAAAUUUGCAGCUGAAAGUGUCGGCUUCCUUGAAGCAAGCACUAGAUAAACUGAAACUGUCAUCAGAAAACGAAGAGAAAAAAGAGGAAGACAGUGAUGAAAUCAAGAUUGGGACAGCGUGUAAAAAUGCAGGCUGUUCAAAAACCUACGAAGGACCACACAGCACAGAAGAAGUAUGUAUAUACCAUUCUGGUGUACCUAUAUUCCAUGAAGGGAUGAAGUAUUGGAGCUGUUGUAAAAGAAAAACAUCUGACUUCAAUACAUUUUUAGCUCAAGAAGGCUGCACAACAGGAACACACGUAUGGACUAAAAAGGAUGCGGGUAAGAAAGUAGUCCCAUGCAGGCAUGAUUGGCACCAGACUGGAGGAGAAGUGACUAUUUCUGUGUAUGCUAAAAACUCUGUUCCUGAUCUGAGCUACGUAGAAGCAAAUAGCACAAUGGUAAUCGAUGUAAAGAGGAGUUAUGUGAACAUGACAGCUACAAAGAUAGAGCUUACUAUGAGAAAAGCAGAGCCCCUAUUAUGGGCAAGUCUUGAAUUACCAGUAUCCAACACACAGCAAAAAAAAGAGAAUUCAGAUCAAUAAUGAUUCCAAGAGAUAAAUUAUCUCCCAUUAUGAAGUGGUGACUUGCUACUGUAAUCAAAUAUUUAACUUUUAUAUAGAUUCUUUUUUUAUGCUAGAUCAUAUGUUCCAUUCUAUAAAGAAAUUUGACGCACAGUAAACGGGGGUGUAAACUUGAAGGGUAAUAGCUAUUUCUGCUCUUGCUCCCAUGAGUAUAUUUAUUCUAGUUGGAGUAUCUCCAUGGGGAUUUAGAGUAAAAGAGCUAUUGCCCUUUGCUUACAAUCUUACCUGCCAUGCACUGACUAUCCAAAUAGAUGUCUUCUCAGUCCGCUGUGUGUGUUAAUUUUUCAAGUGUUUGGUUUAGACUGGAUCUACUGGGUAGCACGUGUUAGCACUGUUCAUUAUAAAGCAUACAGUAAUACAGGUACAAAAAUCUGAGGUUACAAAGUGGUUAGCAUGCAAUUCUACAUCAAAAAUAAAAAGGUGCAUAAACAUAAAUAGGAAAGAACACUUGUAGACUUGCAUUUUUGUCUUCUGAAACUGAGGUUUGUUUCAAUACCUGUUGGUUGCGAAGGGAUGGAAUAAACGGUAUUUUCCUAAGGAUUUCAGUACUUGCUGACUCUUUUGCUGUCUUUCAUGUAUAAAAGCAGGAGAUCAGAUUAAAAUAAAAGCAAAGUUGGCAAGAGGGGAU